UGGUGCUGGAAGGGCACAGUUUUCUCGGGGAUCAGAGAGGCUCCCCUUAGGUGUGUUUCAAGCCCAUCUGAGGGACCCCCUGUAAGUUUUUGGGAGUGGGGAUCCAACAGAGCAUACAGUCUUGCCACCUGCCAGCCAGGCGUAGACCAGUCCUGCACCUUAUCCCCGCACAACCACACUGCAAACAGGGCUGUAAGUCCAUAGUCAAGAGUGUUUACAGGGAAUCACCACCUUUUAGGUGGGCAAAGCCUCCUGAGCUCCAUAGUUUCCCACAGAUUUCAUGUGAAGGGCUAUUUCUGUACUUUCAUGUCAGCACCCUACAUCUGGCAUUUGAGGCAGUGUCAGCUUUAAAAGAAUAAAAGAGCAAAAGAGCACUGUCACUCAGUUUCUGGCACUCAUGCCUUGUAAUGAGCAAUUAGAGCAGCAAUAGGGCACCUGGGGAAAAGCAGCCAGAUGUCCUGCAUGUCUCGGCUGUUAGAAGAACUGAGAGUGACAAAAAUAAUUUAAAGACCCUGCUGGGGCUCUACAGUAUGAAUACAGACCCAUCUCUUGACAUACGCUCAGCUCUUGCUCUAUGGUGUCCUUCAAAGGGUGCAAGCAGGCUCUGUUGGGUUCAGGUGAGGGCAAUGACAGGUGCUAAAAACUGCUGGGCUGGGCCCACCUGGACACUUGAGGGAGUUCUGAUCCCAGCUGGCUCCCCAAUUUAAAAGGGCUAGGCUAAGGACAGCUACUUCAUGGUCCUUAGCAAGAGAGCAGGAUGGGUGUUGUAGGACGGUCUGGGGCUGCAUUGGGUGCUGUGCUUUUCUGGGUGUUUCUUGGUCCCGUAGCUUUGGUUAUGGGGGCUCAUAGUGUUUUUUCUGAUCCCACCCUGCUGAUUUGUGGCCAAGAAAGCUUACAGCUCACGUUACCUCUGGGCUGGGAAGGGAAUGCUUCAUUGGUGCUGACUACUUGGGACACUGAGGGGAAGGCACAUGCUCUGCAGAAUGACUCUGACUGUGGGCUGUUGGUAUCCGAGACUCCAGAUGGCUCCAGGAAAGUAUUGGUUUCUUAUACUGGCUGUUAUAUCUUUGAAUGGAAUGGCCAUUACCUUCUGCUGGUUGGGCUUGAAGGAAGAGAUGCUGCUGGGCAAAAGGUUCUUCAUGAAGAGACGCUGCUCAGGUGCCCUGUGGACCUUCCUGCCCUAGAUGCUCCAAGCAGUAGUGUCUGUUUGGCCGUUCCCAGCCAGGACCGGCUGCCGUGUGCCUCCUUACCUGUCAGCCAGGGAAACUGUGAAGCGCGAGGCUGCUGCUAUGACCCUAGAGACAGGGUAAAUCCUUGCUACUUUGGUAACACAGUGACAGCUCAUUGCACACCAGAUGGCCAGUUUUCCAUUGCUGUUUCUCGGGAUGUGACCCUGCCACCCAUUGCCCUGGACUCUGUGCAACUGGCCAGUGGACACAGUACUGGCUGUGUUCCUACUGUGAAAAACCAUGCAUUUGUUGUGUACCAGUUCCCACUCUCUGCCUGUGGCACCACUUUUCAGGUGACUGGAGACCAGGCCAUAUAUGAGAAUGAGUUGGUGGCAUCCAGGGAUGUGAAAACUGCAAGCCUUGGCUCUGUCACUAGGGAUAGCACUUUCAGGUUACAUGUCCGUUGUAGUUAUUCCACCAGUGGGAGCACCAUUCCCUUGAGUGUUCAAGUCUUCACAUUGCCACCACUCCCUGCUGUGUCCCAGCCAGGUCCUCUGUCCUUGGAGCUGCGUGUUGCCUCAGAUGGAAGUUAUACUUCCUACUAUACUGACAGUGACUAUCCUAUUGUGAAGACUCUGAGAGACCCUGUUUAUGCAGAAGUCAAAAUCCUUCAGAGAACAGACCCAGACCUGAUUUUAGUUCUGCACCACUGCUGGGCCACACCAACUACCAAUCCCCAGCAACAGCUGCAGUGGCCUGUUUUGGUGGAUGGGUGCCCUUAUGCAGGGGACAACUAUCAGACACAACUGGUGCCUCUGAAUUUUGCCUCAGGACUACUGUUCCCCUCUCAUUACCAGCGUUUCACCCUCUACACGUUCACCUUUAUGGACUCCACUUCCCAAGAGAAGCUCUCUGGGCUGGUGUACCUUCACUGCAGUGCUUCAGUGUGCCACCGAUCUGUACAGGAGUCCUGCACCUCCACUUGCCCUGCUAGAACCAGGGGUAAAAGGAGUGCUGAGCAUCACUUUCAGGAAGGUGCCUCCCAUGUCUCCAGCAAAGGCCCUGUGAUUUUCCUCCAGGAUGAUCUAAGAUGGGGCACAGCUAAGGGUGGCCUUGGAGCAGCUGUGCAUGCUGCAGCCCCCUGGGCUCUGGGUUUUGCUGCUGUGGCAAUCGGGGCAGUUCUGUGUAUGGUCCUUGUAGCUGCUGUGCUGUGGCAAAGGAAGGUGUCAGCAAAUGAAAUCAGUGGACUGCAAUAAAGUGGCUGUCAAACCAUUUGGUCUGUGGUACAGCUUCUCCUAGAGAUCACAGCUGUAAAACUUUAUUUGCAAGGCAAAAAUUAUCCCAAUGGCUGUGAAAGCUUUCCAA